AUGGAUUCCCAAAAGGAGGAGGACCUGUGCCUUCCUGGCAUGUGGGUUGUAUUGUACUUCGUAUUCAUGAGGCUGUGUUCUAUGAUAACCGGCAGCUGCAUGGUCUUUCUUCACUGGAGGAAGAAGCCGUGGCAGGAGAGGCGUGCCCAGCAGUGGGUGGAAGUGAUGAGUACUGCCACCUUCACUUACAGUCUACUCUUGUACUGGAUAAACAAGUGGAGGUGCUACGGUAAAAAUGCAGCUAUCACCACAGGCCCUCCUGCAGCUGUUACCAAAACUGAGAUUAAAGUUCUUCCAGAUUCGCUGUGGGAGUCAGAGACCCCUGAAGGCAGGGGUUAUGCCCUCAGAGGCAGCAGCCCCAAGGCAGAGUCCCCUCUUCCUCGACAACCUGCUCUGAUGGUACCACAUCAGCCCCUAUCUAAUCGGAUGCUGCAGUGCCGAACCAGAUCCCCAUUUGCGAUUCCCAUCUUUCAGGAGAUACCAUUUGCCCCACCCCUUCGCAACCUACCUCGCAUGCUGAACCACUGUGCCUCCUACCUGGCCAUCUGUCCUGAAAGGAAUAUCCACUUCCAUUCCCUUCCCACACUGGACCAUGGGGUGAACUGUCUCAAUGUGAAGCUUUUGCAUCAGAGUUUUAGCCUCUUUUCACUGAAGGUGGGAGCUUUAGGUACAAGGACUAUUAGUAGAAAAUGGGAACUGACAGCCCAUUUGGAUGUUAUUAAAGAUUUUUGA